CGGCGACAAAAUCACCCGGGAAAAACUCCCGGCUGACAUUCUCCACAACACAACCGCUCUCUGUCUGCUCUGCUCCGAACUUGUCUCUACUUUUCCUCCACAAAAAUGCCCGCCACUUCAGAAAUACACACCGACAGCGGCUGUAGGAAGGAGGAAGAAAGCCAGAAAAUGGCGGCGGCGCCGGAGAAGAAGAACUUCGGCAUCCUGUGCGAUGAACGCGGGUAUCUGGAUCAGAUCGAGUACAUCAUGCAGCACGGCCGCACGAAGGGAGACCGAACCGGGACAGGAGUCAUCUCAGUGUUCGGUGCUCAGGCCAGAUACAGCCUGCGAGAUCAGUUUCCCCUGCUGACGACCAAGAGAGUGUUCUGGAGAGGGAUCCUCGAAGAACUGCUUUGGUUUAUCAAGGGGUCAACAAACGCCAAAGAGCUCUCUGAGAAAGGGGUGAAGAUUUGGGAAGCCAACGGUUCUCGGGCCUUCCUGGACAAUCUCGGGUUCACCGACAGAGAGGAAGGCGACCUGGGGCCAGUGUACGGCUUCCAGUGGAGGCACUUCGGUGCAGAGUACACAAACAUGCAUGCAGAUUACACGGGACAAGGAGUUGACCAGCUGCAGAAGGUCAUCGACACCAUCAAGAAGAACCCAGAGGACAGACGGAUCAUCAUGUGCGCCUGGAACCCAAAAGACCUGCCCUUCAUGGCGCUGCCCCCCUGCCACGCCCUGUGUCAGUUCUACGUGUGCGACGGCGAGCUGUCAUGUCAGCUGUACCAGCGCUCGGGUGACAUGGGCCUCGGGGUGCCGUUCAACAUUGCCAGCUACGCUCUUCUCACCUACAUGAUCGCACACAUCACAGGACUCAAGCCUGGCGACUUCGUUCACACUCUGGGAGACGCUCACAUCUACCUCAACCACAUCGAACCCCUCAAAGUACAGCUUCAGAGGGAGAUCCGGCCUUUCCCCAAGCUGAAGAUCCUGAGACAGGUGGAGAGUAUCGAUGAUUUCCGCGCAGAGGACUUUGAGAUCUGCGACUACAACCCUCAUCCCACCAUCAAGAUGCAGAUGGCUGUGUAGAAAUGCACGUUAAAUGUGAUAAAUGCCUUACAUAAUCUCACAUUGAUCUACAUGUACACGUCUGUGUCUUUCACUCCCUCAUUUUCUUGAAAAGCUCAGUUCAUCCAAAUCACAGAAGGGAUGUAAGUGACUAAUUUUAUUCAGAUUUGGUGAACUGACUCUUAAACCACAUUGAGUUCUAACAGAGAAGUGUUUUCUUUUACUGUUGGUGUAAAAGUAACCUCUACUUUUGUCAGGUUUUCUGUAGUUCAACUACCACCAGUUACGUGAGUCAUUUUUAAAAAAAAAUAAUAUCUAUUUUGUAAAUAAAGAAAUUUAAUUUGUGUCA